AUGAGUGAAACAGGAAAACUGAGGAAGUCGAAGACACUCAAGGACAAAAAAUCCAUCAGCUGGUUCAACUUCGAGAGAAUUUUCAAGUUUCGACGAAAAACGCCGAAUUCUCUUCAAAAGUCUACAGAAAAACUGCCCUUGUCAGAAUCAACAAAUACGACCCCGUCGAAGCCGAAACGAGAAGCUCAGUUUGAGGUCAAGAAUGAGAGGGAAACGCAGCCGCAGUCAAAUGAAAAUGCGGACUCGCGGAAUUAUUUCAAGGAAAUCGAAACGCCGCAAACUUCGAACGCCGGAGUGACACGGCCUCCACGACCAUCUCAUAACUCUCAGAGCAAAACCUCUUGGUCGGUUCAAUUGCGCGAUCGCGUUGGUCCUCGGCCAAGUCGCCCCGAAUCUUCGAAGCCUUUCCUCUCGGAAGAUGCGCGCAACUACUCAAGCCAGUUGAACCUAAGAUGCAGUAUGCCUAUCCUCAACCCCGAAGGAUUGACCUUUUCCUGCUUCCCCCGAGAAAUGGCAGUUGAUGUUGGCUUUGCAAAAGCUGAAAAUGAUCGCUGGAAACGACACUCAAUAGCUGUAACAUUCCAAGAACCUGAAUCUCAAAAUACUGCGACCAUGAAAGAAUCGAAACGACUUUCUAACAAUACGACGAUCCGCGAAAAAGUUCUUCAUGAAUUACUUCAGAGCGAGCGCGACUAUGUCAGACAUUUACGAGGUGUGAUCAAUGGCUAUCUCAUAACCUGCGAAAACAAGAAAGAGUUCUUUUCGGAAGAUGACCUCCUGCUCAUUUUCGGGAAUCUAAAAGAAAUAAUGGUCUUUCAGCAAAACUUUCUCCAAAAACUAGAGACUGCGUAUGAACAAGAACAGUCUGUUGAGCAUAUAGGCAAUGUGUGA